AUGAGAAGCCUGCGCUCUGGGCUUCUUGCCCGCCGGUCGUGGGUUUGUAUGCAAUGCCGCCAAGCCAGUUCAGCACCAUCCGCUGCGGCGUCGCAUAACAAAAAGACAAAACUCCCCGAUUUCCCAGCGAGAACGCGAUUUGCGCCGUCGCCGACCGGAUACCUCCAUCUAGGGUCUCUCCGUACCGCCUUAUUCAAUUAUCUGCUGGCCAAGCGCACGGGCGGUCAGUUCCUGCUGCGGAUUGAAGAUACAGAUCAGAAACGGACGAUUCCUGGCGCGGAACAGCGACUGUAUGAUGAUCUCCAGUGGGCUGGGUUACAAUGGGAUGAAGGUCCUGUUGUUGGAGGUUCUUUUGGUCCUUAUAGACAAUCCGAACGUACAGCAAUCUACCGCACUCACACUGACAGCUUGAUCAAUGACGGCCAUGCAUAUCGAUGCUUUUGCUCUGCCGAGCGCCUUGACACCCACGCAAGACACCGUAGCCAAGCGGGUCUUGCCCCGGGAUACGAUAGAAAGUGUGCAGAACUGUCGCCGGAGGAGUCAGAAGAACGGGCAGCGAAGGGGGAAUCGCACGUUGUUCGGUUAAAAGUUGAAGGGUAUCCUGUCUUCGAGGACCUGGUGUACGGCAAGACCGGGCAAAACCGCUCGCCCAACAAGUUGGAUCUUAUUGAGCGUGUUUAUGAUGAUCCCAUUCUGCUCAAAUCCGACGGACACCCGACCUACCAUUUGGCCAAUGUCGUGGAUGACCAUCUCAUGGAAAUCACCCACGUCAUCCGGGGCACAGAAUGGAUGCCUUCAACCCCUCUGCAUGCUGCGUUAUAUAAUGCGUUCAACUGGACGCCACCUCGCUUCGGACAUGUACCUUUGCUGGUGGACAAGUCCGGACAAAAGCUCAGCAAGCGCAAUGCCGACAUCGACCUUACAUUUUUCAAAGACAAGCAAGGUGUUUUUCCAGCAAGCCUAGUGAAUUUUGCUGCGCUUUUAGGGUGGUCCCAUACGAAAAAGUCAGAUAUCUUUGACCUUGAGGAACUCCAGGAUAUUUUCAACCUCAAAAUCACCCGCGGUAACACGGUUGUCGCUUUCGAGAAGCUCUGGUUCCUCCAAAAGGCGCACGCCCAACGGUUUGCCGCCAACGAUGGCCCUGAGUUCGAUGAUAUGGUUUCCACCGUAUCAAAAGAGGUUGAGUCUACAAUAUCACCAGAACCGCUAUCUAGCAUCCUUCGAUCUCGACCUCUAUCCGAACUCGUCACAGCUCUCCUCAAAGCAGACGCUAAGUCCUUCACGAACGCGCCUGAAUUCAUCACUCGCAACUCCACGUUCUUCACAGCAGCCAUCUCUCGCCCCCCGUAUACACCCAUUAGUUCCGACAUCCCCAUUUUAUCUCUGCACACUGCGUCUGCGGCUCUCACUCUGGUCCCGAAUUCCCACUGGGCCAUAGAAACCCACAAAUUCAACAUUUCGUCGUACGACGGCGCGAGCACCAUUCUAGAGAACACACCUCCGGCUGAGGGUGCCGACCCCGAAAAGGCCCGCAUCGCUGCAGAUAAGAAAUUCAAGAAGGAACUGUAUCAUUAUCUCCGCUGGGCGUUGUCGGCGGGUGCCCCUGGUCCCGGAAUUCCGGAGACCAUGGUAAUUCUGGGACGGGAGGAGACUGUCAUGCGGUUAGCUGAAGCGAGGGAAUUGACGAAAGAAGCUGAGACCGGCCUCUCGCCUGUUGCUGCUAGACGGACGAGGGAGAGGGGCGCGAAGGCUAAGCAAUCGGUGCCGGAUGAGGCGGGCCAGGAUCGUUCGUGGAUGGGGUCUCUUGCUCCACAGGGGUAA